CUCACCCAGGUUAAAGCACAAUCUACUACUCUUUCAAACACUCAGAAGACCCUUUUUCUAAAAUAGUUCAAGGACAGCAGACGAACGUAAAAGUGUAACAGCCAAAGAAACGGUGAAAAUGAACACCAAUGUGAGGUUGCUUUCUGUCCUCCAGAAUGUGUGUCGCAAUUCGCUGCGACACAAAGCAACUGCUGCUUCAGCUGUGAAACCAUUUUAUUACCAGGACAUCCUGCAGUUUGAAGGACCUCAUGACACACCAUUUAAAAAAUUAACAGGUGAUUAUGUAUCUACAUUUGAAGUGAAAGGGAAGAAGUGUCUAAAUGUUGAACCAGAAGCAUUGACUUUGAUAUCAGAACAGGCUAUGAUUGAUGUAGCCCACUUAUUGAGACCAGCUCACUUGCAGCAACUAUCAAAUAUCCUGAGGGAUCCAGAGGCAUCAGAGAAUGACCGUUAUGUUGCCCUCGAGUUUCUGAAAAAUGCAAAUGUUGCCGCUGGAAUGGUGCUUCCCGGCUGCCAGGACACUGGCACAGCUAUCGUUAUGGGUAAAAAGGGACAAUAUGUUUGGACAGAUGGAAAUGAUGCAGAGGCACUGUCUAAAGGUGUAUAUAAUACUUACACAAAGAAAAACCUGAGAUAUUCCCAGGUGUCACCGAUGGACAUGUAUAAGGAGGUCAACACUGGUACUAAUCUUCCAGCUCAAAUUGAAAUAUAUUCCACUAAUAGUAAUCAGUAUGACUUCCUGUUCAUUGCCAAGGGAGGAGGUUCUGCCAAUAAGACUUUCUUGUAUCAGCAAACAAAAGCUCUUCUUAAUCCUGAAAAACUGAUGAGCUUUGUCAAUGAGAAAAUAAAGACGUUAGGAACAGCAGCUUGCCCACCUUACCACUUGGCCAUCGUAAUAGGAGGAACAUCGGCAGAAUUCAAUCUGAAAACUGUCAAACUGGCCUCUACCAAAUACCUAGACACCAUCUUCAAGUCAGGAAAUGAACAUGGAAGAGGUUUUCGGGACUUGGAAAUGGAGCAGAAGAUUCAUGAGUUGACUCAGAGGACAGGUAUUGGAGCUCAGUUUGGAGGUAAAUAUUUCUGCCAUGAUGUAAGAGUGAUCAGACUGCCGCGUCAUGGUGCUUCGUGUCCGGUGGGAAUAGGAGUGUCAUGUUCAGCAGACAGGCAGGUUUUAGGAAAAAUAACAGAAGAUGGAGUUUUCAUUGAACAACUGGAAACUAACCCUUCAAAAUACAUGCCCGAGGUUCAGGAGAAAGAACUGACGACAGAGGUUGUGCAGGUUAAUUUGAAUGAUGGAAUGGAAAAAAUACUAAAGUCACUAGACAAGUACCCUGUGAAGACGAGGCUAAGUUUGUCAGGUACCCUCAUAGUGGCCAGAGAUAUAGCACACGCCAAGCUCAAAGACCGACUGAAUUCCGAAGGCUCUCUGCCACAGUACCUCAAAGAUCAUCCUGUUUAUUAUGCUGGACCAGCCAAGACUCCUGAGGGACUUCCAUCAGGUUCAUUUGGUCCAACAACAGCAGGUAGAAUGGACUCCUAUGUAGAUGAAUUUCAGAAAGCAGGUGGAAGCAUGGUCAUGUUGGCAAAGGGCAACAGAAGCAAGCAGGUAACUAAGGCAUGUAAAGAAAAUGGUGGGUUCUACCUUGGCUCUAUUGGUGGACCGGCUGCAAUAUUGGCACAAAACUGUAUCAAGAAAGUCGAGCAGUUUGAAUACCCAGAAUUAGGAAUGGAAGCCGUGUGGAAAGUGGAAGUGGAGAAUUUCCCAGCAUUCAUUGUAGUGGACAAUAAAGGCAAUGAUUUCUUCAAGGAGUGGUCUGUGGAGUAAUUUUUGUUUUCAAAAGAGGAAAUAUAUACUUCAUAUAGACUAAAAGAUAGCAAAAUGUUUCUGUGAUUCAUUUUACAACCUUUGAAAUGUACAAUAGCAAGACCGUUUCUCAGUGCUUAAUCACAAAUAAUCAUGCAUUGAUUUUUCCAGGCUUUGCUUACAUGUAUAUGUUCAGAAUGCUUGUGAUAUCUCAUUUGAUUUUAAUAAAUCGUUAUUUAUUGAU